AUGUCUCGUCGAUCGAGGCGGGACGUGGCGUCCUCGCCGUUCGCGUGGACCACGGUCUUUUACCUGCUCCUCGUCUUCAUUGCUCCUUUGGCGCUUUUGGGAACCGCACAUGCAAAGGAAGAGCAAGCACCUUUACAAGAACAAAUGGGACCUGUUAUUGGUAUUGAUUUGGGAACGACGUACUCAUGUGUUGGUGUCAUGAAGAAUGGCAAAGUCGACAUUAUCGCAAACGACCAGGGUAACCGAAUCACUCCUUCCUAUGUCGCCUUUACCGACGAUGAACGGCUGGUUGGGGAUGCCGCAAAGAAUCAAUACGCGUCAAACCCUAGGCGAACUGUCUUUGAUAUCAAACGUCUUAUUGGCCGUAAAUACGAAGACAAGGACGCUCAAAAUGACAUCAAGCACUUCCCAUUCAAGGUGGUGAAUAAGGAUGGCAAGCCACAAGUUCGCGUUGAAGUCAAUGGAACACCAAAGAACUUCACUCCCGAAGAAAUCUCCGCCAUGGUGUUGGGCAAGAUGAAGGACAUCGCCGAAGGAUACCUCGGCGAAACAGUCACCAACGCUGUUGUUACCGUUCCAGCCUACUUCAACGAUAACCAGAGACAGGCCACCAAGGAUGCCGGAACCAUUGCCGGCUUGAAUGUUCUCCGUGUCGUCAACGAGCCUACCGCGGCCGCUAUUGCCUACGGACUUGAUAAGAAAGGCGACGAGCGCCAAAUCAUUGUAUACGACCUCGGUGGUGGUACUUUUGAUGUUUCCGUCCUUUCCAUCGACAACGGUGCUUUCGAGGUUUUGGCGACCGCUGGUGACACCCACUUGGGUGGUGAGGAUUUUGAUCAACGAGUCAUUACUCACCUCGCUAAGCAAUACAACAAGAAGAACAGUGUCGAUGUUACCAAGGAUCUCAAGAGUAUGGGCAAAUUGAAGCGCGAGGUUGAAAAGGCAAAACGCACUCUUUCAUCCCAAAUGUCCACCCGUAUUGAAAUCGAAGCUUUCCAUGAUGGAAACGACUACUCUGAGACUCUAACCAGAGCCAAAUUCGAAGAACUUAACAUGGAUCUCUUCAAGAAGACUCUCCGCACUGUCGAGCAGGUGCUCAAGGAUGCUAAAGUCAAGAAGUCCGAUAUCCAUGACAUCGUCCUUGUUGGUGGUUCAACUCGUAUUCCCAAGGUUCAGCAGCUCCUCGAAGAGUUCUUUGGUGGAAAGAAGGCAAGCAAGGGCAUUAACCCCGAUGAAGCUGUUGCCUUUGGUGCCGCCGUUCAAGGUGGUGUCCUCUCUGGUGACGAGGGAGCUACCGAGGUCGUCCUCAUGGAUGUCAACCCUCUGACUCUUGGUAUUGAAACCACUGGUGGUGUCAUGACCAAGCUGAUCCCUCGCAAUACUGUUAUUCCCACUCGCAAGUCUCAGAUCUUUUCGACCGCGGCUGAUAACCAGCCCGUUGUCCUUAUCCAAGUUUAUGAAGGAGAGCGAUCUAUGACCAAGGAUAACAACUUGCUGGGCAAAUUUGAGCUCACAGGAAUUCCACCAGCUCCACGUGGCGUACCACAAAUUGAAGUCUCCUUCGAACUUGAUGCCAAUGGUAUCUUGAAGGUUACUGCUGGCGACAAGGGCACCGGCAAAGCUGAGUCUAUUACUAUCACCAAUGACAAAGGUCGCUUGUCUCAGGAAGAAAUCGACCGCAUGGUUGAGGAAGCCGCCAAAUUUGCGGAUGAGGAUAAGGCCAUGAAAGCCAAGAUUGAAGCACGGAAUGGACUUGAGAAUUAUGCCUUCAGCUUGAAGAACCAGGUCAAUGAUAAAGACGGAUUGGGUGGCAAGAUUGAUGAAGAUGAUAAGGAAACUAUCCUUGAAGCUGUAAAGGAGGCCACCGACUGGCUCGAUGAGCACGCCGCUACCGCCACCACUGAAGAUUUCGAAGAACAGAAGGAGAAAUUGUCCAAUGUGGCAUACCCCAUCACCAGCAAAUUAUACGGUGGCGCUGGAACUGACGGAGAGUCGGAUGAACCAUCUGGACACGAUGAAUUGUAA